CAGCUACGCCUCCACGGCCCCAGAACUGAGCGAUAACACCCGCUACGACUUCUUCUCGCGCGUCGUACCGCCAGACUCCUACCAGGCCCAGGCCAUGAUGGACAUCGUCACGGCGAUGCAGUGGAACUACGUCUCCACGCUAGCAUCGGAGGGAAACUACGGAGAGAGCGGCGUGGAGGCCUUCGUGCAGAUCUCCAGAGAAACCGGUGGUGUGUGCAUCGCCCAGUCCUUAAAGAUCCCCAGGGAGCCCCGGACGGGCGAGUUUGACAAGAUCAUCCGUCGCCUGCUGGAGACGUCCAACGCCAGGGCCGUCAUCAUGUUCGCUAAUGAGGACGACAUACGACGCGUUCUGGACGCUGCUAAAAGGAACAACCAGACGGGUCACUUCCUGUGGGUGGGCUCUGACAGCUGGGGGUCCAAAAUCUCACCUGUCCUCGGCCAGGAGAAAGUGGCCGAGGGAGCCAUCACCAUUCUCCCCAAAAGAGCAUCUGUGGACGCGUUCGACCGGUAUUUCCGAAGCCGCUCGCUGUCCAACAACAGGAGGAAUGUUUGGUUUGCUGAAUUCUGGGAGGAGAACUUCAACUGUAAGCUGGGGAUGCACGGGAAACGGCCCGGCAGCCUGAAGAAAUGCACAGCUUUAGAAAAAGUCGGCCGUGACUCCAGUUACGAGCAGGAGGGGAAGGUUCAGUUUGUAAUGGACGCCGUGUACGCCAUGGCUCACGCUCUGCACCGCAUGCACCGGGACCUCUGCUACGGGUACCCCGGCCUCUGCCCGCGCAUGGCUAGCAUCGACGGCAAAGAGCUGCUCGGAUACAUCCGCGCUGUGAACUUCAACGGAAGUGCCGGUACUCCAGUGGUUUUCAACGAGAACGGGGACGCUCCAGGAAGAUACGACAUAUUCCAGUACCAGCCCACCAACAGGUCUACUGCAGAGUACAGAGUCAUCGGCUCCUGGACCAAUAAACUGCACCUCAAAGUGGAGGCCAUGCGUUGGAAGACAGGUGACCCCUCGCUCCCCCCCUCUGUGUGCAGCAUGCCAUGCCGUACAGGCGAAAGGAAGAAAGUGGUGAAAGGUGUGCCGUGCUGCUGGCAUUGUGAGCGCUGCGAGGGAUACCACUAUCAGGCAUCAGAGUUCACCUGUGAGCUUUGUCCCUACGAGAUGCGACCCGAUGUCAACCGCACCGGCUGCGUUCCCAUCCCCAUCAUCAAGCUGGAGUGGCAUUCCCCCUGGGCCGUCUUCCCCGUCUUCAUAUCCAUGCUGGGCAUCAUCGCCACCUCCUUCGUCAUCGUCACGUUCGUGCGGCACAACGACACGCCCAUCGUGCGAGCGUCCGGGCGGGAGAUGAGCUACGUGCUGCUCACGGGAAUCUUCCUGUGCUACGCCAUUACGUUCCUGAUGAUCGCGACGCCUGAUGUCGGGGUGUGUUCCCUCAGGAGGAUUUUCUUGGGCUUGGGCAUGUGUUUCAGCUACGCAGCGCUGCUAACCAAAACCAACAGGAUACACCGCAUCUUCGAACAAGGGAAGAAGUCUGUAACAGCCCCCAGGUUAAUCUCUCCCGCCUCCCAGCUGGCCAUCACCUUCUCGCUCAUCUCAGUCCAGCUGCUGGGCGUCUUCGUCUGGUUCGCGGUGGACCCCCCCCACACGGUGGUGGAUUACGGCGAGCAGCGGACCCAGGAUCCGUUGUCGGCACGCGGCGUCCUCAAGUGUGACAUCUCGGACCUGUCGCUCAUCUGCUCCCUGGGUUACUCCAUCCUGCUGAUGGUGACGUGCACGGUUUACGCCAUCAAGACGCGAGGCGUGCCCGAAACAUUCAACGAGGCCAAGCCCAUCGGAUUCACCAUGUACACCACCUGCAUCAUCUGGCUGGCGUUCAUACCCAUCUUCUUUGGAACGUCACAGUCCGCAGAAAGGAUGUAUAUCCAAACCACCACCCUGACCAUCUCUCUCAGCCUGUCUGCCUCAGUGUCUCUGGGGAUGCUCUACAUGCCCAAAGUCUACAUCAUCCUCUUCCACCCCGAGCAGAACGUACCCAAACGGAAACGCAGCUUUAAGGCCAUUGUGACAGCUGCCACCAUGACGGGGAAGCUGGGCCAGAAGGGAGGAGACCGGCCCAACGGAGAGGUGAAGACGGAGCUGUGUGAGAGCAUGGAGACCAACAGUGACUUCAUCAACUAAGACGACAUAUGUCAGCUACAGCAAUCAUGCCAUUUGAAGGGACCACAGAGGAUAUGACGGAAAGGGAUUGGACAAGGAGAAGGGGGCGUGUCCCGAGGCAGCGCCAAGAAGGAGCCGUGGUUCUUGGCCGGAGAACUGACGGACAGACUGAGCGCCCAAUGGAAUCCAAGCAUGAGACAUUUUGUAUUGUUCCGCAUCACGCCACAGAGAGGUGGGACCACAAAAAACAGCCAGUCAGUGUGCCUGCUUCCUCGCUGCUCACAGCUCAUUGGUCCUACCAUGAACGUACCUGUUCUGAAAAAAAAUGAAAAAAGAUAUGCCAUACCAUAGGACACUGUGGUGGACAGAGUAACUAUUAAAACGUAGACAAAAAAAAAUCAUAAAAAUCAUAAAAGAAAAAAACUCAGACCAUGUAGACAUUAUAUCUAAAAGGGCAGGCUGGGAGAGAGAUUUAACAGAUUCCAUUUUAAAAGAUAUUUAAAAAGAGAAAUGUAAGAAAAAUCUAUGAGACUCAAACAUGUUUGUUGUUAUUCUCUACUUGUAAGUAUUUUUGUGGUUGUGACGAUUUUUUCAUUCUUGUCUCACCGUUGUCCGAUGGAUCGCCCUUGCAUAAUGAGAUGAGUGUGUUUCCUCCUGCUGUCUUGGCUAACCGGGUUGUAGCCUUGGGUUGUGAACCUGUAAAAUGCCAUGGUUGAAGCAUGCCAGUUUUUUUAUACAAAAAGGAGAUUUAUUUAUAAUAAAGGAAUGUUUUGCA